CCUUAGGGGGAUUCCCCGUCGCCAUAUUGGAGGGUGAGCCAAAUGAUUAGCCAAGUAAGGGAAGUUUGCAACUUCAGACACUCAGUCCUCGUUUUGAGUCGGCUUUGUAUAAGUACUGUUAUGAAACAAGCAGGGGGCAGGUCUCAAACCAUCCACCUAGCCCGCAAUCGACUGUGCCGAAAAAGCAUACUCAUGCGGCAGAGUCGAUAUCCACGCUUCUAAACCCAGGGUCGUUACACUGUGAUCACUCCGGGGCCUGAAAAACAACAUCAAUGGAAUAGUCAACAUACAAGCGACUCGAUUUAAGUCCGGUGGCAUUCUCGAACAGUUGAUGGAAAUGUGGAUUCUAGGAGCUGAGACUGCCGAGUAGGCAAGUUUGGGAGAGAAGGUCAGGGAGGUGACCAAGAACUCGAUGACCACUCUGACAGAGACCCAGAGUUCCUUUGUGGAGAUGGUUGUCCUUGUGGAAGGUUCUCCCAUCUCUGCAGCACUCCACCAAUCAGGCCUUUUAUGGUAGAGUGGGCAGGCGGAAGUCACUCCUCAGUAAAAGGCUUGGAUUUUGCCAAAAGGCACCUAAAAGGACCCAUACCAUGAGAAACAAGAUUAUCUGGUCUGAUGACAACAAGAUUGAACUGAAUGCCAGGCGGCACAUCUGGAGGAAACCUGACACCAUUCCUACGGUGAAGCAUGGUGGCAGCAUCCUGCUGUGGGGAUGUUUUUCAGCUGCAGGGACUGGGAGACUCGUCAGGGUUGAUGGAAAGAUGAACGGAGCAAAGAUCCUUGAUGAAAACCUGUUCCAGAGCGCUCAGGAUCUCAGGUUGGGGCAAAAGUUCACCUUCCAACAGGACAACGACCGUAAGCACACAGCCAAGACGAUGCAGAAGUGGCUUUGGAACAAGUCUCUGAAUGUCCUUGUGGCCCAGCCAGAGCCCGGACUUGAAAAUAGCGAGACCUGGAGAGACCUGAAAAUAGCUGUGCAGCUACACUCCCCAUCCAACCUGACAGAGCUUGACAUCAGCAGAGAAAAUGACAGAAACUCUCCAAAUACAGGUGUGCCAGGCUUGUAGCAUCAUACCCAAGAAAACUCGAGGCUGUAAUCACUGCCAAAGUUUAUGAGCUGUCACUCCUCAUGCCAUGAAGUAGAAAAUAACGCCCUGCUCGGCCCAACCGAGAAUUCUACAGCCUGGGCACGGGAUGCCCGUGUGGGUUGUGCCCAGUGCACUGUGGCGAGGAGAUGCUGCAGGUGACACUCUACAGCGGCUACGAUAACUUUGACGACACGGUGCGGCUAUACGAGGCAGUGCUGCAAAGUCUGGCAGAGGAGCAGAAGCCGGGGUUCUGUUGGUUCACGCUCUACACGGAGCCUGAGCGGUGUCUGCAGCUGGCUCUCAAGACAGCCCUCCCUCCCCUGGGUCAAGGUGGAGGCCUGCAACGCAGCAGUGCUGCAUUUCAGGGUGGAGGAGAUGGGUCAGCUUGUGCUCCUGCCCAAUCCAUGCACACACUGGCAGGUCGACGACCUGGACGGCAACAAGAUAUGUUUCCAGGUGAAAGCCUCAGCGACCCCUGACCUGUGCCUUCCCUCUGACCUACCCCAGCGUCUCGCCCAGAGGGCUACUGAGGAGCGUUGUCUGCACUGCCCCCAGCAGCCCACACCCUGUAGUCCUGCAGCCAGGUGACCCCAGUGACCCAGCCAGGGAACUGGCUGCGCACCGACCCAUAAGCCUGCCUUACCUGGGGGUCUGCGGUGUGACAUGGGCUCAGACAGCCACUGCAGCACCCCUCCAGGCAGCUCCUGCUACUCGUCCCAGUGCAGCAGCCCCGCCACGCUAUCCGUCAACCACCCCCACGACUCCUUCCCUCUCUCAUGAUCUACCUCCCAAGCGCGGCCCUCCCUGUCAACCUCCCACCUGCUGCUGGAGGAGGAAGAGCCUGUGGGAGGCGGAGCACGAGAGAGGCUAGCCGCUGUGGGGGCCUCUGCCCUGGAGAGCAUGGCGAGGGAGCUGAGUGCCUGUCUACUGGAUGCUUGCACCCCCCACAGGACGUGGGUUGUGAGCAGCCCUACCAAAGCUGCCAGCCCCGGGUGCAAGGCAGGGUCACCAGGCUGGGACAGCAGUGUUAUCAGCUGGGCAUCGCCAGGUCAGAGCUACUCCAGAGGGCCUGUGGGGCCGCGGCCUCUUGCUACGCCAGCAGCAAAGGCUCUGUCGUCACCUGCACACAGUACAGACCCAAUAGAUGAGUUCUUCAUCUGAUUCCUUUCUGCAGUGUGGCAGGCAGUUGUAGGACAUUUUGUCACUAUCUAACAUAAUGUAACUUAGAGAUGGACUUCCUGGUGCCAGUUUGGGCUGCGUCCAAAAUGUUUCUUAGAUUAGCCGAAACCUGGACUUAAAAAGCGUAUUCAGUGGAGAAUCUCCAUUGAGAGUGCCAUUUAGUCCAGGACUAAGUGUUAUCUGUGUCUGGGAAACUGUCCCUUAAUGUGAGUUGUGAAAUAUGACUUUUAUCAUGCAUCACUAAAGUAAUUAAUUGUAUUUUGUAAAUUACAUUUUUGACUUCUGACUAAUUUGGGAAUAAUACUUGUCAUUUGUUUCAAAUUGUUCUUAAGACAUAUGUUUGUGAUUUUUAUAAACUGGGUGGUUCAUGCCCUGAAUGCUGAUUGGCUGAAAGCCGUGGUAUAUCAGACCGUAUACCAUGGGGUAUGACAAAACAUUCAUUUUUUUCUGCUCUAAUUGUUUAUAAUAGCAAUAAGGCACCUCGGGGGUUUGUUAUAUGCUACGGGCUGUGUCCUAGCACUCUGUUGUUGUGCCCAAGAACAGCUCUUAGCCGUGGUAUAUUGGCCAUAUACCACACCCCCUCGGGUUUUAAUGCUUAAAUACAACUCCAAUACCUUUGUACUGCUGCAUUGGGUACCAUCUAUUGAGCCUUGUUUAUACCUGGUGUUAACAUCUGUAUGGCUCUUGUCCACAUUCUCAUUGUGUAGACUUAAAAUAACUGAUCCUGACGAAUUGAUUGGCUGAUCAGUAAUGAGAAUAUUAAUGCUGGUCCAGGUGGGCGGAGUUUGCACUGAGUGAAAAGUGAUUUGCAUUUGUUUCGAAACUGGACUGUCAUGAGCUGGGUUCCCCAUUCAAAGCAGAUGGUGAAGUUGGCUCAAAAACAAGUGAUGCAGGUCUAUCAAGCAUGUGGAGUAAUGAUUUAGGGUUGGAUUCAAUCUGCAUUGCAGAAGUAUUGUAGAAUUUCCAUGUUGUAGCUCAAUUGAAGUUUAAAGGUAAUAUUCCUGCGUUUGCGGAGACUGCAUAUGUCGGCUCAAUCGGAAAUGACCUUUACAUUUUAACGCGGCUCUUCUGCAAUACCGAUUUAAUCCACCCCUUUAGAAGUUUUUACAUGCAAGUGUUCGCUCUUGCUAAAUCCCAAUUCAACUUUAUAAUCUACUGAUAAAAAUAAAUGACUAACUCGCUGAACACUUUAUUUGGCACUGACAGUCACAGGGUCUAAUCUUGCUGUUUUUGUAUUUUACUGAAGAACUAAACUAGGGGUAUUCUUGGUUUAGUAUCAGCAACACUGAUGGCAAACAUUCCAUUUGGAUUAUGUCAGUUUCAGUAGACAGUGUCUUUUAAAAUGUAGAGUAAUGUAGAAGUCUGCAAAGAAAUAAUUUUACCACUGGAAGGCAGCAUUGUUCCAGAGGAGUUCUGUAUCUCACAUGAUUUUAUACAAAUAAAAUAAAAAGUGAAUUA